CUCUCUAAAUAAUUCAAGCUCCCAUACCUUCUCUCCCAACGCUAACAAGAUGCCGGCCGUACAUCACAAACUGCUCCUGGAGGACGCUUUGCAGGACAGUCCUCAGACUCGCUCCUUGCUCAGCGUGUUUGAGGAAGAUGCUGGGAUGCUUACAGACUACACCAACCAGCUGCUACAGUCCAUGCAGCGUGUGUUCGGAGCCCAGAGUGAGAUGGGAUUGGCCACAGAGCAGCUCUCAAAGCAACUCAUUGAUUAUGAAAAGAAAAAUUUUGCCCUUGGGAAAGGUGAUGAAGAGGUGGUCCACACACUGCAGAGCUUCGCCAAAACUGUAGGGGAGCUGAACUCGCUCCACUCUGAGCUAGCCAACCAGAUGGCAGACGGCAUGGUUUUCCCUUUGAUCCAGUUUCGAGAAAAAGACCUUACAGAGAUAAGCACGCUGAAGGAAAUAUUUAGCAUUGCCACUGAUGAGCAUGAGGCAGCGAUGGUCAAAUAUAGCCGAUUGCCCAAGAAGAAGGAGAAUGAGAAGGUGAAGUCAGACAUGGUGAAGGAGGUGGCCUACACCAGGAGGAAGCAGCACUCGGCUUCGCUGCAGUAUUACUGCGCCCUCAACGCACUGCAGUAUCGCAAGAGAGUAGCCAAGCUUGAACCAAUGCUAGGCUACACACAGGCACAGAUCCGCUUCUUCAAGAAAGGCAUUGAGCUGGUGUCAAAGAAGAUGGACAACUUCCUCUCUUCUGUGUCCAACAUGACUCAAAAUAUCCAGGCCCAGCUGGACUCUGAGGCGGAGGUCAUGCGUGCGGCACAGAGGGAGCUUCUGUCUGUGGAGGACACUGUCUAUAUGCCAGAUAUGGACACUGAGCCUGUCAAUCGCACACUCAUCCAGAAGGCUGGCUAUCUCAACAUUAGAAAUAAAACAGGCCUAGUGACCACAGCCUGGGACCGACUGUACUUCUUCACCCAGGGAGGGAACCUCAUGUGCCAGCCGCGGGGGGCGGUGGCGGGAGGCAUGGUGCUCGACCUGGACAACAGCUCCGUCAUGGCUGUGGAGUGUGAGGACAGACGCUACUGUUUUCAGAUAACCUCCCCCUCAGGCAAAACGUCAAUGAUUCUACAAGCUGAGAGCAAACGGGAAUAUGAAGAGUGGAUUUGCACAGUGAACAACAUCUCCAGACAGAUCUACUUAACUGACAACCCUGAGGCUGUGGCCAUCCGACUGAACCAGAGUGCCAUCCAGGCGGUCACCCCCAUCACCAGCUUUGAGAAGAGACCGGAGGGCGAGGCCAACCCUGACAGAGCGAAGCCAGGAGGUGUACACGCUACCGGGGGUGGUUCCCAUAAGACGGGUGCUGCUCCGGAACCAGAGGACCUGAUCGCCCCCGGGACACCCAUUCAGUUCGACAUCAUGCUGCCGGCCUCCGAGUUCCUGGACCAGAACAGAGGUGGAGGGAGACGCACAAAUCCGUUUGGAGAAACGGACGAUGACUGUUCUAUGGAAAGUGACGACUCCCUCCUGCAGCAAGUGUUCGCCGUGCGCUUCCAGGGUUCAAUGGCAGUGCGCUGCGGGAACAAUCAGGAGGUGAUCUAUGAGGCCAUGAGGCAGGUUCUGGCUGCCCGGGCCAUUCACAACAUCUUCAGGACGACAGAGUCACAUCUCAUGGUCACCAGCAGUAGCCUCAGGUUGAUCGACCCUCAGACUCAGGUUACAAGAAUCAGUUUUCAGCUCGGAGAGGUUACUCAGUUCGCGGCGCACCAAGAGAACGGCCGGCUGAUGGGCUUCGUGGUGGAGGGCAGGGACUGGAGUGACGGAGACGAGGAGGGAGAGCCGUCGUUUAGCGCCUUCGUCUUUGAGAGCAACACAGAGGGCGAGAAGAUAUGUUACACCAUAAGUUUGGCGAAGGACAUUGCAGAAGCGAAGAAGGACCCAGACACCCUGGCCCAGCUGUUGAAGAACAUGCCUCUGACCAACGACGGCAAAUUCCUGCUGCUGGAGCCUGACACGGGAGACACACCCGACGGAGCCGAAGAAGACCUGGAGUCUGAAGCCUAGUCCCACUCCGGACCAAAAAACCAACCAGGGACACGGUCCAACCCCUGCCUAGGAAAGAAGUUUUCCCUGGAUGAAGGUGACACCAUGACCAGCUAACCCUAACUCCGGUACUGAAACACCCUGAUAGAGAGCGUAGUUCACUUCACCCUGUGUUACUACAAGUCCAGUUUCUUGCUGAAAUGGAAGCAGAAGACCUGGAAGGACUAAAAGCAGAUCUGAUGGGUGCUCCAUCAGAUCUGCUUUUCUUUUGUAGCAUGGGUCUUUGGAUUAGGAGUUGUAUUUACACCUUUUGUUUGAGGUACUAAAAAGGGAAAUAUAGGUAUCGAUUGUGUUUCAUUGUCUUCUAAUACCCCCGGCCCUCUAACAGAAGGUGGUGAAACAUCACUUUGUUUUAGGUUUACGUAGUUUGGAGAGUUAAUUCCUUUUGUUUGUUUUACACGUUAACUUGUACGUUACGCUCUUAUGCAAUUACUUUUGUGUUUAUUUUUUUUGUUCGUGUACGAAAAAAGUUAUUGCACUUCCAAAGUUAAUAUCAGUUUGAUGGCUACAGAAUGCACUAAUUAAGACAUUUGAAGGAUGUUAGACUUUAGAGACAACGAAGGACUUAAAAAUGGUUUAAUUCAUGUCAAUUCCUUUUAAUCUGCAGAGCAAUGACUGUUAUAUUCCUUAUGAUUAUAACUGUGUGAGCAUGUGUGCCCAGAAGCAGUGGACACAAUUGGCAUGAGCAAUUAGGUUUUGUUCCCCCUGCACUUUGGCCACUUACACAUCCAUGGCUAUCUUCAGCAUUCCUCCUAACCUGAAUUAAUGUCAUAUUUUUAUGUUUUCAACCACUACCUAUACAAAGCAAGUCUUAAGAUGAUCUGUAUGUAAGGUUGUCCUCGAGCAGCCAAAAUAAUAUUUAGUGAAAUUUGUAUGUUGGGCUGCGUUUCCCUGAAGGAGUUUGUAAAUACAAGCCGUGCUUGUGUCUAUAUGAUGUUGGAUCAGAGUCGGCUGCAUUAAAAGCUUUCAGAGUCAAUACGCUAGGACUUACGCGGUGCAUGAUUAAAUAAUGGCGUUCUCUCUGAGUCGUUUUCCUAAAAUAAAUGUCACAUAACGCAUGUAGGCAGUGGGGUGUUAUGCACUCUUAUACGUAUGCACACAGGAAGAGUAAAGGAAAGCAGAUGAUCCGUGACAUUCCCUUUUGGAUCAGCUUUAUUCCACUUCAGCCAAUCUGAACUGUUACAAUACUAACGGUGGACGCCUGUGUUGAACGAGACGUGUUCUUGUACCGUGUAAUACAGACGGGGUCAUAGCCACUGACUUGACGUUGAUCGUGAAAGUUCCGUUGCGUUGACCAGUGUGUGUCUGCUUGCUUUUUUUCUACUCUACAUUAGUUCUUGGCGUAAUCACAAUUCAAACAAGGACUAUAUUUCCUAAAGGGCCGUCUGGUCUUCUGGAGAAAUAAUUAAUUCUGAGUAUGCUUGACUCUUUUGACACUACUCAUCGUAAUCAAAGAAACAGUUUGACGUGGGGAAUGGAUACAUUUGGUUUUUAUGUAGUGUAAGAAGAGAAGAUUGAUACAGAAGAAUAAACGUAGGCGUUAAAAGCUUUCGAGGAGACAUGGAGCAUUGACACAUAUUUUGAUCAAUAAUGGAAAUUGAAGUUUUUUUAUUUAGCUUUUACGUAUAAUACAAGUCUCUGUCUUGCUGUUCUAGUGGGGCAAGAGAGUGCAGUCUGCCAUCACUCCAACAGCACAAUGGAGAAGUGUUCACAUAUUCAAGCCUCUCUCUGUCAUUGUUGCCUGAAGCUUUUUGUAAAUCUUGCUCAUUCUCAUUAUACAAGUGUAACAGUAAUUAACCUUGAAUCACAUCUCUGACUAUUUUCUGUUGGGUUCUUCGAUUUGAUAAGAAUUGACCAGGUUAGUCCUUGAAAAGUUCUUAAAUUUGAUGUUUAAGGUGUGUAACUCUUAAUGAAAGUACCGUUUUUGACCUACACUACAAAGCAUGUUUCCCUGAAUGUCAAACUUUUGCUUUAAGUCAUAACGGUUAACCAUUUCUCUUUCUGUUGCCUGAUGUAAACGCGUAUUAGCAGGUCUUCUGAUGUUAUCCAUCCAGUAUGUUUGUCCCCUUCUUCUUCAGGUGCUGGUUGACAUGCUUCAAUCACACCGUUAAUAAAAAAGCAUAAAUACAAACGUGCAGACAACAGAAGCCUCCGGUUUUUCUUUCCUGUUUGACUUACACUGCUAGUCCUGAUUUAAGACCGUGAUACAAGUUUUUUUAACUAAACUGUCCUUUCAAUAAAAUAAAUCCUCUUCUUGUUGCAUGCUGCAGCACAUUAAA